CUUUCAACACUAGUUCAUAUGUUGUUUCUCUCUAAACAAUUUAAUCUCAAUAACAACAAUUAUGAAAACUACAUUUAGAUUUUAGAAUUUAGGUUUUAGUUUAGUAAAGUCAAGUCGGGCGGACACUAUCAAAGUCGUAAUAAUUAUUAAAUAAUCUCGGUGUUAUGCUAUCAGAUAUAUUGGUAUUACACUAACUAUAUAUUAAGAACCUGUCUGGACUUAAUAAAAAUACGUUGAUUUAUUGUAUCGUAAAAUUAGAGCAAAUAUAAAAAUAGUGUUGUGUUUGGUGCCCAUCAAAUCCAUUUAAAAAGAGAGCUAGGAAGCGAGGGUGUGAAGAUGGGUCUUCCACACAUCACUUCGUUCUGUUGGUGCCUUGGACUCGAGUCCGGCACAAAGGUCAUCGGCUACGUACACUUGGUCGCGUCGUUCUCUCUGAUGAUUCUCUGCUCGCUGUACGCGGAGAGCCUGCGAGGCCUCAUCGGCACGAUCGAUGACGCCGGUGACCACAUCUACACCAUAUGGUACAAGAUAUCCGUGGGUGUGGCGGUGUUCACGGUCGUCCAUGUGCUGCUAGCGGCUACCCUGCUGUUUGCUGUCUUUAUGAGGCACACAGCCGCUCUGCGGGGAUGGGUGUGGGUGAUGAUGGUGCUGUACGUUUUCUCCCUGGUCUACGUCGUCGUUUCCAUGACCUUCGGGUUUUCAGCCAGCGGCUCGCACAUAUUCCUAUCUUUCCUAGAAGGAGUCGUAUUCUUUGGUAUCCUAGCCUACUGCAUCCUGUGCGUGAACAGCUACUACCUGAUGCUGAGGAGCGCCGAGGAUAUGGAAGGGCCGCAGAAAUCGGAUUCUUACCACAAUCGCGAUUAAUCGGAUUGAACCGACACGUUAUCUGAUUUCAUAAGUAUCCUCCGACUUAAAAUACUCGCUGCAGUGUGCAUACCGCUCGUGUUUAAAGGAUUAUUUUUAUAACAGGUCGUAAAGUCAUUUACUGUAACGACUUAGUUCUGCUGAUAAGAAUCGUAAAGAGACAAAUCUUGCGGGAGAUGAUGUAAAAAUAUUAUGAAAUAGUUUACAUACCAUAAAAAUAGUAUUAAAACUAAAUAGAGCCGAAAGUACCAAUUUGAGACGUUCAAGGCCAAAUAAGAUGCAGUAAUA